AUGGGCCCAGGGCCGACAGAUGAUCAGCUUGAUGCCCAUUAUCGGCGGAUGCAGGCAUGGGAUGUCCGCGAGGGUAUUGAGCCCACACUUAUCUCAAAAUCAAUGUUCGAUUCCUUCUGGCCGCAGACAUAUGAUGGCCUCAAGAAAAUCAUAGAAAAUCCAACCACCCGUCCCAACAUGAUCAUUGCCGACUUUUUCGUCGAGGCCGCUCAUGAUAUGCAGGUCGAGUAUAACCUUCCCCUUGCUAUUGUGUGUCCCAACUGGCCACCACUCCAGCUGCCUUGCUCCUAUAUCCCGGGUCAACCAGGGUUUCAACUGCCCGGGACUAUGACCUCGGAGAAUGCUUCAAUGUGGCUUCGUAUCAAAAACGAGUUGGUCAUUUUGUCGGAUUUGCCCGCCAUCAUGCGACUGUUGAAACGUACUAGGAAAAUGCGCAGUGAUUACGGCGUCUUCCGCCCACUUCACAAACCCAGGAAGCCUGACUAUCUCUUAUUUGUGAAUUCCUUUGUGGGACUUGAAAUCCCUCGCGAUCUUCCUCCGACCUGUGCUCCAGUGGGCCCAUUACUGAGUCCCACUUGGGCUUCUUUGGAUGAGGCCUGCGACAGUUUCAUGAAGAAGCACAAGUCUGUUCUAUACAUUGCUCUCGGAACGCAUAUCAUUCUACCACAUACCGACUUUACCACUAUCGUGACCGGAGUAUCUCGCUUGAUGGAAAAGGCUCUGAUCGAUGGCGUGAUUUGGGCCAUUCCAGAAACUGGCCGGGGGGACAUUGAUGAAAGCCAGACUUUAUCCACCGACAAAGAUGGCCAACCAACAGAUCUUCUCCUUGGAGAUCUCCUCUCCAACAAGCACCCAGAUUGGCUGUUCCCAUUCUUUGCGCCCCAACGUGCGAUCCUUGAUCACGAUUCCACUAAAGUCUACUUUACACACGGUGGCGGCUCGAGUGCUAACGAAGCUCUCUUCCACGGGAAGCCUGUUCUGUCCAUGGGAAUUUUCUUUGACCAGACCGCAAACACGACCAGGCUUGUCGCCGGCGGAGUGGCAGAGUCACUUGACAAAGUCAGCUUCACCGCUGACGAGAUCUACUGCAAGAUCAAGAAGAUCGUUGUCGCCGAGGACGAUGGAUCUUAUCACCGCAACGUGCUACGGAUGCAGCGCAUCGCACAUAUCGCAGCACGUCGCAAGAACCAUGCCGCCGAUCUCGUGGAAGAGGUGAUGUACGACAACGAGUUGCGGCUCGACGCAGAUGGCAGAGAGUUGCGACCGAUGCAUCUGCAGACGGCAGAUUCGCGCAUGUCGGCGUUCAAGGCCAACAACUGGGAUAUAUAUCUAGUUACUGCAUUGGGGUUGGUCACCAUUGUCGGAUCAAUCGGACUCGCGGGUCAUUCUGCAUGGAGAUAUCGGUCCCUUUUGGUUGGCCAGGCCCAGUCGAUUGUUUUGGAGGGCUGGGUGCUCCUCCAACACGGAACAAUCUGGCCUCGGGCCUAG